AUGCCUGUGCCAGUAGUCGAGCUCAUCACCUUCACUCCAUCCGCAGCUUAUGUGGCUGCACCCAGCGUGUCCUUGAACAACUUCUUUAGCAUUUUGGCGCAGACCAAAGGUCACAUCGAUUCAUUCCAUGGCCUCCAGGUUGAAGACUCAAGGCAAGGGCACAUAGUGAUUCUCUGGGAGACACAUCAACACCACGUAGCACUCCAGCAAAGCCCCCAAUAUCAGGCACUUAGGGGCGCACUUUCGGUUGCAGUCGAGGGGCAGCGUCAAAUGGUCCACGUUCUAGUUCAACAUGACUGUUCGAAAGUGUUUACGGCGCCACACGUCGGCAUCGCAAUCAACACGGUAAAGGAUGUGAAUAACAUAGCAUCGCUAAAGCAUCAUUUGGACACGCUUGUGUCUCAGAGCUUUGACGAGGUGGUGGCCCACACCUGUGGACCGGUGCUCGAGGAUGAGAAGAAGAUCGUGUUGUUUGCUGCUUGGAAGUCCCACGAGCAUCGUGAGAGCUUGAAACAGGACAAGCAUCCUGAACUAGAGAAGUUGAUCGGGGAUAUAAACCUUCUAGCAGACGUGCACGUCAGGCAUGUGAGGUUCAAGAAGCAUUCUGCAUAG